UGCGCGGGCGCGCAAGGGGGACUCGGAAGUUCAGACGGAAGUGGCGUCAGGGGAGCUUUAGGGACUGAACCUGCAGUGUAAACAGAGAGGCUGCAAAUCGCUUGUGGAUGGUGUAGGCCGCUGCAGGCCACCAUGAACCGGCUUCCGGAUGAUUACGACCCCUACGCGGUUGAAGAGCCUAGCGACGAGGAUCCGGCUUUAAGCAGCUCUGAGGAUGAAGUGGAUGUGCUUUUACAUGGAACUCCUGACCAAAAACGAAAACUCAUCAGAGAAUGUCUUACUGGAGAAAGUGAAUCAUCUAGUGAAGAUGAAUUUGAAAAGGAAAUGGAAGCUGAAUUAAAUUCUACCAUGAAAACAAUGGAGGACAAGUUAUCCUCUCUGGGAACUGGAUCUUCCUCAGGAAAUGGAAAAGUUGCCACAGCUCCGACAAGGUACUACGAUGAUAUAUAUUUUGAUUCUGAUUCUGAGGAUGAAGACAAAGCAGGUAAUUACCAUGGUUUGGGACUACAGAGGUCACGUCAACAACAGCCUGUUCCAAAUAGUGAUGCUGUCUUGAAUUGUCCUGCCUGCAUGACCACACUUUGCCUUGAUUGUCAAAGGCAUGAAUCGUACAAAACUCAAUAUAGAGCAAUGUUUGUGAUGAAUUGUUCUAUUAACAAAGAGGAGGUUCUCAGAUAUAAAGCCUCAGAGAACAGGAAGAAAAGGCGAGGCCAUAAGAAGAUGAAGUCUAACCAGGAAGAUGCUGCCGAGAAGGCAGAGACAGAUGUGGAAGAAAUCUAUCACCCAGUCAUGUGCACUGAAUGUUCCACUGAAGUGGCAGUCUAUGACAAGGAUGAAGUCUUUCAUUUUUUCAAUGUUUUAGCAAGCCAUUCCUAAACAGCCCAACUGGCAUUUAAUUACCCAAUACUGUAUAUAAGGCAAAUAUGGACAGUUACUUUCCUCCUGCCUGUUCAUAAGUGACACUGAGGAAGCAGUGUUUCUCUUUAUAAAGAAGAAUAGUUGUCAGCCUUCAUUCAUCUCUUAUAUCUCUCACCCUCUCCUUUUUUUUUUUCCUUUGGUUUUCCCCCCUUAUUGAUGGGACUGAUUCAUUCUGUUUUUGAUGAACAUUUGGAAAUGGGGGGCUUUUUAUUAAGGCUCUUUAGAAUUAAAAUGUUCUGGAAUUAUAAGCAAUCUUUGUUUCUGAGUAUUAUUUUUACUUUGGAUGUAGCUUUGAUGUAAUUAAACUGGAAACUCUUUCCUGAA